AUGCGAGAAUUCAUGGACUACGUCCACAGCGCCUUCUACGAAGCGACAGGCUGGGACCGGGACAAUUCGUACGCGGCCCUCAACACGAUACCAGAUGCCCUCCUAGACUUCCCUACCCCUAGGGGUCUGCGCCUCACGCUCUCGUCGCUGGCGAGCUCGAACUUUGCGACGUCGUACCAGCUGGGAUCGGUAGGCGUGGUGGACGGGUCGGUCUCGUACCUGUUCUCGUCGGAGCCCCUGCGGGCGCUCCUGACGCCGCGGUCGGACGCGGUCGCGCUCCCGGAGCUCCUCCGGUCGUACAGGCCGCUGCGGCCGCUGUCCCGGCGCGAGGAGGCGCCGCACCGCACGGCGGACGACAGGCCCGAGUCCUCCCUGCUGUACGGGCGCCUGUACCUGCCGCAGUCGCUGCUGGAGGCGCUGGUGGUGCGGCGGGUCAGCCCGGCCCUGCAGGUGCAGUUCAGCGCCGUGUCGGGCGCCCACCUGCGCAACGGCGGGACGGCCGUCGGCCAGGUGCAGUACGACGUGGGGAGGUACGCGUGGGAGGGGCUGGCCUCGUCGGACGGCGGCCUCCUCGGUCUCAGGGGCGUCUACAACUCCGGAGGGGACGUAGCUCUGCCUCACCAGCAACACCACCACAACAGACACCACGACGCUGCCAGCCCGAACCGCGGAGAGGGUGGCGACGAGGGAGGAGGAGGAGGAGGAGGAGGAGGCGGCAAUGGCGGUGGUAACGGCAGCGGUAACGGCAGCGGCAACGGCAGCGGUAACGGUGGCACGGACCGGGAGCGCAUAUACGGCCGCUUCAGCACGGGAGCAGAGGUCUACUACGGCACCCUCAACAAGUCGGGUGGGAUUAGCGUCGGCACGCGCUUCGCCACGCUCCCGACGCACAGGGGGACGCCGCUGUCGGCCACGCUGACGCUCAACCCGCUCAUGGGCAACAUCAACGCCAGCUACUCGGUCAUGGCGGGCAGGCACUGCAGCCUCGCGACGCGCAUGGAGUUCAACGUCUUCAGCUACGAGAGCGCCUGGGCCGUCGGCAUGGAGCUGUGGAGGAAGCCGUCCGUCGUCGACGCCGCGCCGGACGGCCAAGACAUGUUUGGCGUGGGGGACCGCAGCUUCCAGGCCAAGUUGGACUGGAGGUUAGACGAGAAGCCGGUGGUCAAGCCGGUGGUCGAGCCGGUGGCCAAGCCGGUGGCCAAGCCGAUGGUCAAACCGGUAGCCAAGCCCGGGCCCGAAGACGGUGACGGGAAGAAGGAAGGAGAGGUGGUGAUGACGGUGGAGGAGGACUCUGAGGAUGAGGGCGAGGACGAGUAUGCUGGCGUGCUCAAGGCGAGGCUGGAUCAGAACAUGAACAUCGGGGUGCUGUGGGAGGGUAGGGUGAAGUCUCUGCUCUUCAGUCUGGGGACCGGUAUCGAUCUCAGGAGGCUGGACAAGCCAUUCAGGAGUGUCGGGUUGGAGAUUCAAUUCUCGUCAUGA